AUGUCUGAAUGGGGUCCACCGUACGGAUUCGCAAUACGCAGAAAUGGCUCCUGCCUGCAAGAAGAAAACUACUGUGUUCAAGCAUGGAAUUUAACAUUAACAUCAGAAGAUUUCUACCGAUGCUGUCCCGGCGGGGAAACCUACUGCAGCGCUGAACACCCAGGCCUGUGUUGUCCAGAUAAAGCAGACUGUAAACGGCUAAUCAGUAACCCGGCACACUGCGCCAACGAAACUUGGAAUCUUUAUGAAAAUGAUGAGGACGGCGGAUACUUCUGUUGUGAGCAAGGAACAACUGGGUUUAUUCGCAAGAAUGUGGGAGUUGGGUGUGCGAAAAAAGGUGAUCUUUCGGUUUCCAAUACGGAAUUGCUGGUGGCAGUUUCUUCUGGUGUUGUUGCAACAUCGUCUAGCUCAUCUACUUCAAAUACAGGCGCCAUCGCAGGUGGUGUAGUUGGUGGAGUUGCUGUGUUAGCGAUCAUUCUCGCCUUGUUUUGGUAUUUCAUGCGUCGCCGCUCACAGAAGCAACCACCUCAAGUGGAAACGCCCAUCACGGAAGCACCAACGAUACAACCUGGCCCUGUCCAGCCCGCGGACAAACCAAGCGAGUUGGAUGGCCAAGAUUAUGUGGCAGAGCUGGGAAAUACUGCUGUCCACGAGUUGCCGGAAAAUCUAAGGACCCGAUGAAAAGCCAUGGCCUGCGUUUUGAUAUCCUUUGAUAAAGCCCCUAGAUCAAUAUUUUAUAUUUGUAUAUGGCAUACUCCCGGCACUCCGGCU